AGUUCCUUCCACAGGGGGUCAGUGUGCACCAUUCAUUCCAUCAGCUUCUUCCAGAGCAUUCUUUCAGAGAUCACUUGCUGUCUUCCUUUACAUACAAGCUCUGCUGCACACAGACACCCGGCAUGCAGAGACUGUUGGAGCAGAACCACUGAGCAAAAGCAGGCCUGCAUCUUUGAUUGUCAUCAGUGGUGCAGUCGGAUCAGAAAACUUGCACUGGGAGCCUCCUGCCCGCGGUGAGGCAGACUGGUUCCUCUUGCUCACGAAAUGAAAGACAUGGGCUUCCACAUGACCUUCUACCUUUCUUACAAAUUCCGAUUACUGCUGCUUUUUACUUUAUGCCUGACAGUGGUUGGGUGGGCCACCAGUAACUAUUUUGUGGGUGCUAUUCAAGAGAUUCCUAAAGCAAAGGAUUUCAUCGCUAAUUUCAAAAAGGCCAUGGUUUUGGGGAAGAAAGAAACUGUGAUGAAUGCAGCGUCUGUGAAGAAAGCAGACCUUGACAACUGCCCUUUGGUCUCUCCAUAUCUCAGAGGCCAGGACAAGCUCAUUUUCAAACCAGAUCUUACUCUGGAAGACGUGCAGGCAGAAAAUCCCAAAGUGCACAGAGGCCGGUAUCACCCUGAGGAAUGCAAGGCUUCACAGCGGGUUGCUAUCCUCAUUCCACACCGGAACAGAGAGAGACACCUGAUGUACCUGCUAAAACACCUUCACCCCUUUCUGCAGAGGCAGCAGCUGGAAUAUGGCAUCUAUGUCAUCCACCAGGCUGGCGCUAAAAAGUUUAAUCGUGCCAAACUCUUGAAUGUGGGCUAUCUAGAAGCUCUCAACGAUGAAAAUUGGGACUGCUUUAUAUUCCAUGAUGUGGACCUGGUGCCCGAGAAUGACUUGAACCUUUACAAGUGUGAAGAUCAGCCCAAGCAUCUGGUGGUGGGUAGGAACAGCACUGGCUACAGGUUACGUUACAGUGGAUAUUUUGGGGGUGUUACUGCCCUAAGAAGAGAGCAAUUUUUCAAGGUGAAUGGAUUCUCUAACAACUACUGGGGAUGGGGAGGCGAAGACGAUGACCUCAGACUCAGGGUUGAGCUUCAUAGAAUGAAAAUAAUCCGGCCAGUGCCUGAUGUGGGUAAAUAUACAAUGAUCUUCCACACUAGAGACCAAGGCAACGAGGUGAAUGGAGAACGGAUGAAGCUCUUACAUCAGGUGUCACGAGUCUGGAAAACAGAUGGGUUGAACAGUUGUGUUUAUAAAUUACUGUCUGUGGAUUACAAUCCUUUAUAUGUCAACAUCACAGUGGAUUUCUGGUCUGGCCCCUGACCCCAUAUUGUCUGGUGAUGUUGGGAAGAACUGAAGAUUUGAUUGCAAUAAUUUUGGCCAGGAGUCUUGCCCUAGUAGCACAUAGUAAGAACUUGUUGCAGCUAAUUUAACAAGCUGAAUUUUUCCUUUUUGUAUUUUCUUAGUAGAGCUCCUGGUGAGAUGGAAUGAGCUUUCUUAGUUAUUUUGAUUAUGAAGGUUAAAAUAUUGUAAUAUAGAUACUUGAAGGACUAAGUGUAAAAGGAAGACUCAGAGGAUAUCACGUAGGCUACUUGAGAAUGCUAAUUAAAGGAGAUUUAUUUAACUCUGAAGUGAUACAUUGUGGGAUAAAAAAGGCCACAGGAAAUAAGAUUGCUGAAUGUCAGAAAACGAGACCUGUUUUGGAUGGAGGGAGAAAGGUACGACGAUGUAUUUGCUUGACUCAUAUGUCCUGCAUGGUCAUCUGUGAAGAGGCAGGUCCCACGUGAGAAGUCAGCGGCAGGAGAUGCGAGAAAGGUGAAGAACCAAGAUGCAGUGAACUUGGGAACUUAAGAGGUGGUGGGAGGACUGUCGGACAGAGAGGCAGCCAGGGUUGUGCUGGCUGCUGCUGCUGCUCAUACUGUAUGUGGUGUCGCUGGCCGGAUGCUCCUUUCAGGAUGACCCCAGUAGGAAAUACAUUAUCUACUGGUUUUUUAAAGCAUUUUUGUAAAAUGAUUUUGUACAUGUAGGAUAUGAAUUAGCAGUUUACAAAUUACAUAUUAACUAAUAAUACAUCAAAAAUACCUCUGCAGUAAAAUAUAAAUAAG